UAUCUUCAUGUAAAAUGUAUAAAAUUUGUUUAUAAAAAUGUCAAACAGAAGUGAUUUUAGACAGAUAAGCUUCUGUUUAUGUUUACAUUAUCAGUUGUGUUGAUAUCAAAUCACACAGCCAUGUUUAGCAUAGUGUAGUCAAGUAUCAAAUGUAUGGUAUCAGUACGGACCAAAUAUUAAGUAUUCAAAAAGACUGGUGUAUAUAUCAGUAAUGUUUAUUAUUGUUGAAAAAUUGCAAUAUCAAUGAACGUAUUGUUACACAUAGUGACUGUGAAAUCUAUCAUCUUCUGUAACCUCCAAGAGUGACAAUUUCAUCAAUUUUCCCAAUACUUAUUCAAUGAAGUUUUUGGGCAGAACAUUGAAUGUGAAUAGAAUUCGUGUAUAGUAAUUUAACGGUGAAUUUACAAAAGUAGUGAUCUAAACUCGAUAAAUAUGGCAUCGGCAAUUGAAAUAUUAUGGAAACAAGCAUUGAAAACAUUCGACGGACGAAGGAACGUUGGAUUUAAGCUUUGUCAAAAGAAUUUUGAUAAAUUGUGGAAUUUAAUGAAUAAAAUCACAGCCGAAGAUGUAAAUUUAAACAAGCAAAUUCUUGAUUUUAUACAAAUACAGGCAGCACCAAUGUGUGUUAUUGAUAUAUUUGAAAAUAAAGAUUUAACUAUUUCAAUUUUCAUACUGAAACAUGGAGUUACAAUGCCAAUGCAUGAUCACCCGGGAAUGCAUGGGUUUUUAAAGGUAAUUAGUGGUGCAGUUCAAGUGAACAGUUAUACUUUGAAGACAAAUGAUGAUCAUAUAAUCAAAUUAAAUAAAGAAAUAGCAGCAUUUAGACAUCGACCAAUAUCUUUACAUAGUAAUUCACCUGCUUGUGUCCUUACACCACAAGACAAAAAUUUACAUGAAAUUUCAUGCAUCGAAGGUCCUGCUGCAUUUUUAGAUAUUCUUAGUCCACCGUACGAUGAGGAUGAUUCUGGAAAUGGUCCAAGACCAUGUACAUUUUUCAAAACUAUUAGUUCCAAAUUAUCUACUGAUUUACCAGAUAUUAUUGAAGAAGUCAAAUUAUUAGCUUUUGAAGGCCCACCUAACUUUGAUUCUGAAAGUCUGAAAUACACAGGACCACCUUUAAUGUGACGUGAAACAUCAAAACAUGUCCUCUGUUCUAUUUGUUAAAAAUUUGUACAUUUCCCAACAAUGAUUUACAACUCAAGAACAAUUUGAUUGUAUUAAGAAUUGUUAUGAUUAUUUAACUUCUAACUGAAUGUAAAUUCUUAUUGUUUAUUUUGAAUAAGGAACUCAUUAUAAGUUAGAAGUAAAGCAUAAGUUUUAUAUGACAGAAGUUACUUUUUACUUUAUGAUGUUGUUUUCAAUUUUAUUUACUGAUAUUUUGAAAUGUACCAAAAUUGUUUCCUUUUUCUUAUAAAUCUCAUGCAUUUUGUUUUGCAUUUUUAUUUACCUAUUAAUUAUUAAAAAAGUUAUAACUAAGUAAUUAUAUUAAAUUUACUGAUUCCUUGGCACACAAAACUGAAAUGUAAACAAAAAUGUAUUAUAGUACAUACGAUUGAUGUGCAAAGCGCGGUAAAAAAAUAUACGCUAGUUAUAGAAAAAUGACAAAAAUUCUAUUUGUACAAAGGUAGAUGCGUUAAGUACAACAGAAUACAUUCUUUAUAUGAUGUAAAAA